GAAUCGUGCACGCCUACUGGAAGUGAAGCUCUACAAACCAUCAUUACCCUGUUUUUACCCUGCACCAUCAGCAUACAUUAAAGUUUGCACUGGACAGUUUUGGGGUCUCGUUAAUGAGAGAUGUCUGCGGUUAUUAGAAAGAUUAUUCACACUGCAGCUGCUCCAGCCGCGAUCGGGCCUUACAGCCAGGCUGUCGUGGCGGAUCGUACAGUGUAUAUCUCAGGACAAUUGGGCAUGGAUGUUGCCUCUGGGCAGCUGGUGGCAGGAGGGGUGCAGGCCCAGGCCAAACAGGCACUUAUUAACAUGGGGGAGAUUCUGAAAGCUGCCGGAUGUGGAUAUGAAAACGUUAUCAAGACAACAGUGCUGUUGGCAGACAUAAAUGACUUCAAUAAUGUCAAUGAUGUUUACAAGCAAUUUUUCACCAGAAAUUACCCAGCUAGGGCUGCCUAUCAAGUAGCUGCCCUACCCAGAGGGGGGCUUGUUGAGAUUGAAGCAGUUGCUGUAUUGGGACCCAUCACAGAUGCCUCCUGACUGUAUAGCCAAAGCAUGCAUAACAAAUUGUAAAUACAGUUAUAUGGAGAAGGCCACAAAUUAGAAAAGGAAUCACACUAACAACCUCACAUUACAUCAUAUGCAUCAACAAAGGGAAACAGCAACAGAAAAACAGUUUAUUAAUUACUAAGUGAAUUUACUCUGGUUGUUAUACAGUAUCAUUACAUUCUUUUAUAUAUAAUCUUAUAAUAACAUAUGUUAUCUACAAUAACAACGAUGCAAAUAGUUCUUGUUAAACUUUAUUUUUAAACUCCUAAAAUCUGUCAUUAUUACAUUAGACCACACCCCAAAAUUAAAAAUGUCUUCCAUUUAGAGAGAGUUAUGUUCCAUCUGCUGUCCUUUUUAUUUUUUGCAUGAAAAUAUUAGCAUACCAUGAAUAAACAAAAAACC